GUGGGAGGUGAUGAUGUAUUGAUUUGUAAAUUAGAUUUUUUUCUAAAAAACAAGUAGUAGUAGUGUUAUCUAUUUAGUGUAUACAUUCAUCAUCAAUUAAUGAGACUCUAAUUCAGAAAAAGUGUGAAGAUAUAUCAAGCAACUUACAUCUUUUCCAAUUACAGCAACGCAAACAGCCAUUAUUAUGUACACAGAAUCGACGAAACUGUCUUUCUGACGUCAUGGUACCAACAUACCAAUAGAAUUUUUGGCGGUAAAUUUGAAAAUAUUUUUAAUAACACAUUAAAAAAAAGGGAUCAGAUUAUUCGCACAGUUCAAUAAAGGAAACAUGACGUGACCAAAGCAUAAAUAAAAUGUUAGCAAACUUCAUGCAUUAUUUUUCGACAAUGGCUUUAAACAACCAAUAUUUAUUGUACGAGACCAACGAUAAUGGAGAAAGAGUGUUUAUAAGAUCAAUAGAGUCAGAAAAGCGGGUGUACUUACGUUUUGUGAAUAAAACAUCUCGUCCCGUCGACGUUUGGUGGCGGGAUUUUAACGGGGCGAGGAGGCUGUAUAUCAGAUUGAAACCUCGUUCAUAUUACAACGUAGACUCCUUCCUGACACACCCGUGGGAGUUUACCGAUGUCAACACAAAAGAGAGGUACGUUAUUCAAAAUAAAGAGAUAUUUCGGGCGCCGGUCUGUAUUGGGGACCUAAGACACAGGACGUCAUGGCUCAUAUCAGUACCUGUAAGGACUUUGCGACAGACUGCUCUGUUGGCAGCUGCUGGUUGUAUCGCCGAACCAGGUCACGUGGAUGGUUUAGGGUUACCAAAGUCAUUGGCCGAAGAUUUGAGGAAGUAUGUCGAAGUGAUAAAUAACCCAUCUCCACCGCAGGCCAAUUAAUUAAAAUACUGUAAUUUGGUGUUACCCAACCUUUUUAGUGCCAUGCCCCA